AUGUCACUUGCGACUCAAGAAUCUGCUAUUGGUUUUCUAAAUUCCAUUCCUGUGCUAAAAGGCAAUACCUAUGCAUCAUGGAGAAGCAAGGCAUUGAUUGGUUUGGGGAUUGCAAAUUUAGACUAUGCACUUCGGACAGAGCAACCCGCCCCUCUUACCGAUGAAAGUUCCGAUAAGGAUAAAUGGAAUUUUGAGAGGUGGGAACACUCUAAUCGCAUGAGUCUUAUGAUUAUGCAACAUGCCAUCCCUGAAAACUUUGGCGGUACUGUCCCGAAAGAAGCAACUGCUAUGGAAUUCCUCGAGGCCAUUGAUAUGAAUUUCGCAAGCAAUGAAAAGGCCGAAACGACUUCAUUGAUGCAUAAACUUGUGACUAUGCGGUAUAAUGGCCGAGGGGAAAUUCGGGAGCAUAUUAUGAAAAUGUCAAACACUGCUUCAAAGCUUACAACACUUAAUUUGACGAUCAGUGAUGAUCAACUAGUGCAUUUGGAGGAAGAGAGGUUCAAGCAAAGUAAGACAGAAAGUCCUCACUUAGCUACGAGCUAUAGGGGUAAACAAGGAAAGGACAAGGGAAAGAGGAUUCUUUCCGAGUUCGCUAAGGGGAAGAGGAUUCUUCCCAAUUCCUCCCGAAAUGUUGCGGGUCCAUCUGCAAAACUGUUUAAGAAGGAAAGAUCAGCUUCAGUUUGA